AUGCAUCAAACGUCCAGCGGCUUCAUUAUAACAUUAACGAAGAACAGAGUUGUGUUCGUGAUAGUCGAAAUAGGAGGAGUAACAGUUAAUCCUCUGUGUCCUACGAACAAAAUCGCGCCACAUAGAAGGAAUGGCAGAGGGCAGAGGGACGCUCGGACUAUAGGCGCGUUCUAUAAUCUGCUAGUUCCUGACAGUUCUAGCGGAUAUCCCAGUCAGCUUCAGGAGGAGCCGGAAAAUGAAUCCACGGAUUGUGGUGUCAUAGAAGACUAUGAUGAAAAUGAUCUUAGUUCGUUAACAAAACCGAGCAGACGAAAUGAUCGGACUCGCUUCUUUACGAACUUCUUCCAACAAUAUCUCAGACCAACAACUCAGAGGAUCACCACAACAACGAAUCGUAGACCUACGAGACCACCGAGUGGAGGAUACUUCGGCUCGAACGCUUUUAGACCACAGCCGGAACACCAACCCUCCGAUCAAAUCAAGCCAGUCCACGAAGGUUUCGGAGAGGCCGCCAUCACGUAUCGUCCUACUAACGUGGUGGGAGCACUCAGUGGGAACGUGAUAGGCGCUGUCCAGGUCAAGCCCACCAGGCGGAACCCAGAUCUGGUGGCGCAGAAGCAGCACCCGUAUCCCAACUACGUGUACCCUCCCCAGCACCGGGACAGACCGAGAACGUACGGUAGAGAUGGUAUCAUUAGUUCGUUUAUAGAUUUAAUAUUGUAAAGAUAGACUACUGAAGUAACUUUUAAAUGUACAUACAUAGAGCUGAUAGUAGAGCAGAUUUAUUCUUACUCAUGAACGUACCUGUUUAAUGUUAAAAAAAAUAUUCUACAAGUGAUAAUGAAAUGUAGAUACCGCGGGCACCAUAGCUUAUUUAGACAUCAGGGAGUGGUGAAGCAGUGAAGCAGGCUAGUUCUCUAAAUAUAGUCGGAACAGGUAAUGCCAAAGGUGUGUUGGUAUUGUGUAGAACAAUUUGAUCAUCUAUUAAGUAUAUAAAUGUAUAAUAAUAAUUGAUAGAUAGGACAUAAUGUGAAUGUAAAUGGAUAGAACAUAAUGUGAAUGUAACGGAAUACCUAAAACUAUAUGUGUUUCCUGAAUGUCGUAAGCUUUGAACCCGAUCGUGUCUGACCACUGACGUAGCCUUGAGGCAAAGCUUAGGUCUCAUAAUUUAAAAGCUUUUAGGCAGGGCGCACACAUAUUUGGAUAGACAUAAUCGGUCUUACCGCAAAAAACUAAACAUCUGUGGAACAG